AUGAGUUUUAAAAAAUCUGCCACGAAAGAUCGGUUUCCUCUUGGUGAAUUGGCUCAAGAACGAAAAAAGUUGAGAGAAGAUUGUGUUGCAAAAAAUGCUACGAUUGUUCAGUUAAGAAAUGACCUAAAACAAGUGGAUAAAGAUAUAGAGAGAACAACAAAAAGGGUAUGUAGUAAACAAAUGUAGUGUAUUUAUAAUUAAAUGUCAAGGCGUCUAUAUAUGACAUUUGCACAAACCCAAGAAGCACAUGAAUUUUUAUUUAGUAUUUAUUACUAUUCAUUAAGUAUUUUACUCCUACAUUUACUGGACUAUGUUAGCCAAGAUAGACGAUAGUCCUUUGGGAAUAAUGGGUUUAAAUGCACCCCAAGCAGAAUUAUUAAUAUCCCCCAUGGCAUGUCUUGUUAUUUGUUAGUUGUUACCAUUAUUAAAACAGAACUAUGCCCUACUAUAUUUAAUGCCAUAUUAUCAUAUCUAAUGUUAUCAAAGGGAGACUCUUAGGCUUUAUCUGGUUUCUAAUCAAAGGCAAUAUCACUUUAUACCUGAUAGGUCACACCCACCCUGCCUGAAAGUUGUAAUAAGAUUGUCUCACUAUUUAGUGAAGAUAUCAGGCCCGGUCUAUUCAGUGCAUCUUUGCAGACACAGGACAACUAAAUAAGUUACUACUUUGCAUUCCUAUAUAUGGUACUAAAUGAUACUAACUGUUACAGCUUAAGCGUCAUAAAGAAAAGCUUACAUCACUACUUGAGAAUGAUGACGAAACUGGAACAAGGUUACCAUCCAUGAUAUUCCGACCAAAUACUCCCUCAGAGGCAAAUGUAGAGAAUUCAGAUACCUUUCAAGCCUCCUUAUCUGAGACGUCAAGUCGAAGAAGACAGAAGGAAACUUUGAAUGCAUGCAAAGAAAUACAUGGUGAUCAGAAAGGUAAAAAGUCAUCAGCCCUUGCUGGAAUGUGGGUAACAUUGGUAAACAAAUCUUCAACUGAUACACUUAAAGAUUUUCUUUCAAAUUCUGAAAAAGUGAAUAAAAAGAUUAUGCCUUCGAUAGUAAAAUCGGAGACAGAACUGUAUCAAAGUGGUAAUGAUAACAUUUGCCGUAGCCUCAAAAUUCUGUAUGAGGGAGGUCUUUUGACGAAACAAAAGUACAAGUCUGUAUGUAGAAAUAUUUUAGCCACUGUACCAAAUUCUAGCAAUGUAUUUAAUCCCAAGCUGCUAUAUUAUGAUAAUAUCAUAGCCUUUAUAAAGUCAGCAAAUAAUGUGGACAAUAUCAGGGAUUUUUCAGCUGAAUUUUGUCAAGAAUAUGACAAACUUGAGGAACAAGUUCCAGGUUCCUACAGAGAGUUAGGCAACUUUCUUGUAGUUUUAGCUGAGUUAUAUAUUGUUGUUGAUCAGACGUUGCUCACACCAUUUUUGCACCAUUUUGGAAGUACCCCUUAUCAUUUCAGAAUUGCCCUUGGUGCAGAUGGGGCACCUUUCGGCAAAGAUGACGAAGCCACAGCAUGGCUUAUAUCAUUUUUAAAUGUUGGCAAGCAUGUGCAAAGCCAAAAUGACAAUUUUCUUUUGUGUGGAGCAAAUUGUUCUGAGACACAUAUAAGCAUGCAGAGAUACGCUAGGAAACUUGUUUCUGAUAUUACCUACAUUGAAAAGCAGACUUACAAAAUAAAAGGCUUUGAUAUAAAAUUCACUGUAGACCUUCCAAGUGAUAUGAAGUGGCUAUCUUUCAUGGGAGGAGAGUUAAAUAAUGCAGCAUAUUAUUUCUCACCAUUUGGGGAUGUCAAUAAUGACAAUAAAAUGGCCAGUAACGGCUCUUUAGGAGAGGAUGCCAGUUGUACCUGGCACCCAUGGGUUUACAAUGAUAGAAUUAAGGUAGCAGAGAGAGUUACACUUAAGAAAGGGAAGUUAGAAAGUAAGAAAGUUUCCGAAGCAACCAAAAGAAACCAGGUUUUGAAUUACAUUAGGGAACAGGGUUCUAGACACGAAAGUGAGCCCAUAAUUGGUAAGCUUAUUGAUCAUGGAAUGGCAGAACCGUUGCAAAAUGCAAAUAAUGCCUGGGGUUAUAUGCAUUAA